AUGAUAAAUCUUAACAUUUAUACAACUUUAUCAAUUGUUUUAGCAAUUAUUGUAUUUUUUAUAAAUAUUGCUAUAUUUUGUGCAUCAGUUACACAAUCAUUAAAACGUGUACGAAAAUUAUAUUUAGGAUCAACAAUAUUUUUAUUAUCAUUAUAUCCAAUUAUAUCAUUUGCUGCUUUAAUAACAAUUUUAAUACCAAGAUCAUUUUUAAUAUGUCAUACAAUAAUGCAUUUAUUAUUUACAUUUGGUGCAUUCAUUUAUUAUAGACUUUGUAUUUUAUAUGUAAAUGGUUUAGAAAAUUUUUUAAAAGAAGCUGAUGCUGAAAUUUUAAAUGUACGUACACCACCAUGUUGCUGUUGCUGUUUAUGCAUACAUUCAAUAGCAUUAACAAAAAAUCGAAUGAAUAUAUUAUUUUAUAUGAUAACACAAUUACCAUGUAUACAAUUUGUUAUAAUGUUAAUAUUAAAUUUUAUUUAUGUUUAUGAAGAGUCUAUUUAUAAAGUAUGUAAUUGGUAUUUUGCACCAUUUAUGUUUACAUCAAUUUUAACUGGAGUUUGGGGUCUUAAUAUUGUGACAAGAAUGGUUGAUUCUCAUGUAAAAAAUUUAAAUAUGAAAAAAAAAUUUUUUGCUCUACAAUUUAUUUUAAUAUUUUGUAAAUUACAAUUUAUUAUAUUAAAUUCUAGUCUCGAUGGAGUUUAUCUUGGUUCUCAAGGUUAUCCUAUAACUGAUACGGUAUAUAAACAGGCUAUCAUUAAUAUUCUAAUAACUUUGGAAAUGAUUCUAUUAUCAUUGUUGGCUAAACAAGCAUAUAAGGAACCGACACAUUUAUAAUUUUUAAUUAAUUAUUUAAUUAUAAUUGUAGAAAAAAUGAACUUGUGAUAUAUUUUAAGAGAUAGACAAGUACAUCAUGCAUACGUACAUACUCACAUAUUAUUAAUAACAUUAAAUAAAUUUCAAUUAGGAUAAGUUUUAUCAACUUGCAUGCAUUUUAAGAAAUUCAUUAAAUUACAUACUUACAUCAAUCACAUUAAAAAUAAGAUUUUUCUUUUUUUUUUCAGUCAUUUUACUUAAAUAUUUGUAUGAAUUAUAUUUAAGAGUACAAACCAUACUUAAAUAAUUUUAUCAAC